AUGCUCAAUGAUUUGUCUCCAUGUGAAAUCCGUGGUUUCCCGGGGAUUGAAUCACGUUCAAAGGAAUUGGAGGAGCUAUUGGUGUUUGAUAAUGCAAACUGUGUCCGUACCAUUGGGGUUCUUGGCAUGACUGGAAUCGGCAAGACAACGGUUGCUGAUAGCGUAUACAAAGGAAACUACCCUCAGUUCGAUGGGUACUGUUUCCUUGAAGACAUUGAAAACGAGUCGAAGCGGCAUGGGUUACAUCAUUUGCAUCAGCAACUCCUGUGUAAAUUAUUGGAUGAAGAAAAGGUGGAUGUCAGAGCGCAUGGAAGAUUGGAAGAGUUUCUAAGGAACAAGAAGUUGUUUAUUUGCUUGGUGAACAUUUCUUAUAAUCGGCUUGAGAUGCAUGAUCUAAUGCAUACAAUGGGGAAAGAAAUCGGAUAUGAAUCAUCCAUCAAAAGGGCUGGCAAACGUAGUAGGUUGUGGAACCACAAAGAUAUUCGUUAUGUGCUUGAGCAAAAAACGGGGACUGAAUGUGUUAGAGGCAUCUUCUUGAACAUGUCUAACGUGGAAAGGAUCAAGCUAAGUCCUGAUGUUUUCAUGAGGAUGUCAAAUCUCAAAUUCCUUAAGUUUCACAAUUCUCAUUGUUCUCAGUGGUGUGAUAGUGACCGUAAAUUUCAGUUCUGCCAAGGGCUUGAUUACUUUCCGGAUGAGCUUGUGUACCUUCAUUGGCAGGGGUACCCUUACGAGUACCUGCCGUCAGAAUUCAAUCCAGAGGAACUUGUCCAUCUUAACCUGCGAUAUAGCCACAUCAGACAACUAUGGGAAGAUGAAAAGAACACAGGAAAUCUAAGAUGGGUCGACCUCAGUCAGUCAAAAGGCUUGCUGAAUUUAUCAGGUUUAUCCACGGCCAAAAAUCUUGAAAGACUGGAUCUCGAAGGCUGUACGAGUUUGGCUGUGUUGGGCCCAUCUAUCAAACAGAUGAGCGAACUGAUUUACCUGAACCUCAGAGAAUGCACAAGCCUCAAGAGUCUUCUAGAGGGAAUCAAUUUAAAAUCUCUAAAGACUCUGAUCCUCAGUGGCUGCUCGAAGCUUCAUGAGUUUCAUAUUAUAUCAGAAAGUAUUGAAUCACUUUAUUUGGAAGGCUCUGCAAUCGAACAAGUUGCUGAACACAUCGGUAGUCUUCGCAACCUUAUUUUGCUGAAUCUCAAGAAUUGUCGCAGGUUGAGGUAUCUUCCCAACGAUCUUUACAAGCUGAAAUCUCUUCAAGAACUGAUUCUCUCUGGCUGUUCAGCGCUGGAGCGUCUUCCACCCAUCAAAGAGAAGAUGGAAUGCUUAGAGAUAUUACUCAUGGAUGGAACGUCCAUCAAAAUGACACCUGAAACGAUUUGUUUGAGUAACCUCAAGGUGUUUUCGUUCUGUGGUUCUAGCAUCGAGGAUUCCACAGCGUCGGUAUUGUUGCCUUUCUCAGGCAACUCUUGCUUAUUAGACCUCUAUCUCACCAAUUGCAAUAUCAACAAAUUGCCGGACAACUUUAGCUCCUUACAUUCAUUGCGGUGUCUAUGCUUAAGCAGAAACAAUAUUGAGACUCUACCUGAAAGCAUCGAGAAACUUUAUUCUCUGAUGUUGCUUGACUUGAAACAUUGCCGCAAGCUCAGUUUUCUCCCUGUGCUUCCAUCUAAUCUACAGUACUUAGAUGCUCAUGGGUGUGUUUCCCUGGAAAAAGUUGCCAAAGCAGUGACGCUUCCCCUAGUAGCUGAGAGGAUGCAUACUACUUUCAUAUUCACGGAUUGCUUCAAGCUGAACCGAGCUGAACAAGAAGCUAUUGUAGCUCAGGCCCAACUCAAGAGUCAGCUACUGGCAAGGACAUCUCUUCAACAUAACCACAAGGGAGUAGUUCUAGAUCCUCUGGUUGCCGUUUGCUUUCCAGGAAGUGACGUACCCUCAUGGUUCUGCCAUCAGAGAAUGGGAUCGUCGAUAGAAACUGACCUGCCUCCACACUGGUGCAACCGUAAAUUUAUUGGAGCUUCCCUAUGUGUCAUUGUCACCUUCAAGGAUCAUGAAGGUCAACAUGCCAACCGUUUAUCUGUAAGAUGCAAGUGCACUUUCAAAAGUCAAAACGGUCAGUCCAUCAGCUUUAGUUUCUGUCUUGGAGGAUGGAACGAGUCAUGUGGAUCAUCUUGCCAUGAACCACGGAAACUUGGAUGUGACCAUGUGUUUAUUAGUUAUAACAACUGUAACGUACCACUCUUCCAAUGGAGUGAAGAGAGUGAUGACGGUUAUAGAUGUCGUCCCACUAGUGCCACAUUUGAAUUCUACCUUACUGAUGACACUGAAAGAAAACUAGAAUGCUGCAAGGUGAUAAGGUGUGGGAUGAGUUUGCUGUAUGCUCCGGAUGAGAACGACCGUGGAUUCCAAGGAAUACGGGCUACAGAUUUUCUUGAGCGUACACCGAGUGUGCCCGUGCUAGGUUGGUCCCAGUCCCACUCACAAGUUGGAGAAAGAAGGAAUGGUAUAACAAAAGAUGAAAUCCCCUUAUGAAAGAUCCUUUGGUGCCUCGAAGGAGGUUUCUAUAUACUUUUUAUGGCUUUAUCCUUGGAUGUGACCGGGUCGCCGCCAUUUGAAGAUGUUUGAUGAAGUGACCACGGUACUGCAACUCUGUUGCACUUCCAAGUUCCAAGAUACAAAAUAGAGUAUUCUUUCUCUGUUUCUCCCUUUGCAUGACAUGUAUGCUCAGUUGCUUGAUUUUGGUAGACCCACUGUUCCCCGAAGGUUCUAUGUAUAUCCUCUCAAAAUUGAAGGAGGAGAGAUCCAGAUUCUUGGGUGAUAAGGAGAUAUAUGGGCCAAGAUUUUUUGUACUUAUUUUGGCGGAUAUCAAUAAAACCAUUUUAAAUUCUACGUUUCGAUUCACAUUGUGUGCAUACCACAAAAUACCAAUUGAUUCAAAGUUGGAAGCCUCUG